AUGUCUGGUGGUAAGAGGAGUCAACUACAUGAAGAACACCAAGAGGAGGAACUCUGCCUGGCUGGAGGUGAAGAACCAAAUCUCCAGGAUGCUCAAGCCACUGCAGGAGAGGAAGAUGAGUAUCCAUGUUCUUCCUUUGCUGUUUCUGGAAGCACUUCCCCAACCAGCUCUACUGUAGGUUUUCCCUGGAAAUGUCAGAGAGUUCAACCUACCUGCUUUCCUGAUGUAGAUGUUUCAUGCAAGUAUUCUGAUGCAGGGGAUGAGAGCGAAGUAGAAGAAUGUUCAAGCUCCUCCAGCACCUCACCCUUCUUGGAGAGCCUAGGAAAUGAUCCUUUGGCCACAAAGGUAGGCAUGUUGGUGGAUUUUCUGCUGUACAAAUAUAAAAUAAAAGAACCCAUUAAGAAGGCUGAAAUGCUGAAGAUGGUCCCUAAGAAGUCCUUCCCUCAGAUCCUCUGGAGAGCUGCUGAACACUUGGAUGUGUUCUUUGGCCUUUGCUUGAAGGAAAUUGACCCCUUUGGCCACACCUAUGCAUUUGUUAGCAAUCUGGAUCCUUCCAAUGAAGAAAGUGUGGAUGAGAGCUGGGACUUCUCUCUGAUGGGACUUCUAAUGCCUAUUCUGGGUGUGAUCUUCAUGAAUGGUAGCCAUGCCUCUGAGGAGGACAUGUGGCAAUUCCUGAAUGUAUUGGGAAUAUAUGAGGGGAAGAAGCACCCUGUCUUUGGGGAUCCCAGGAAGCUGAUCACCGAAGAUUUGGUACAGGAAAAGUAUCUAGAGUAUCGUCAGGUGCCCAACAGCGACCCUCCAUACUAUGAAUUCCUAUGGGGUCAAAAGGCUCAUGCCCAAAUUAGCAAGAUGAAAGUCCUGGAGUAUUUGGCCAAGGUCAAUGGUACUGUUCCUGGUGCCUACCAGUCACAGUAUGAGGAUGCCUUGAGAAGCGAGGAAGAGCAAAUACAAGCCAGAAUUGCAGCCAGGCUUGGUACAUCUGACAGGGCCAGCACCCAACCCAGCAGAUCCUCCCAAGUGUAG